CCAACAACGACAGUACAAAGACACUACCACCUGCGAUUUUUUCUGACGAGCAGGAACACGACACUGUAGAGUAUACAGGAGGCGCGGGAGCGGCGUUUACAAGAACUGUUGGCCCAUCUGCUCUUACUGCUGGGACAGCCCAUUCCACAGCGCAGGAACGUGAGAAGCAUGACUCGCACGAACAGCAACUGCGCUGGAACGUUGUUGGUCAGGUGGCGCUGCAAGGCGGCGAGCAGCAGCGUGGCGAGUUGCAUGCACCCGUUGGGGGCUCCUUCACUGGUAGUGCCCCUGCUCCUAAGGCAGGAGUGCGAGGUGGAGGAGAGCCCGUACAUGUGAUCGCUUCGAAGCACAAUUACACUAUCACGCAGCCGCAAUUGCCGUCGUUUGCCACCCACGUUGCAGGAGCCGCUUCAUCUGCCGCCUCCCCUCCUUCAGUGAACCUACCCGGCAGAUCCAGCACCGGGUCUAGUGUGAUGCAGCCACAAGUUCCAGCGCACGUAAAGAACAAGACGGGAAGAAAUUAUACCCCGGCAGCCGACGAAAUAGGCGAUAAGGGACUCCUUGUUGAUCCGAAGCUGCAGAAGCAUGAUAUUGCACAGAGCACCCAGACGAGCAAAGGCAACUACAUUUCUGGAGCCUCGCCACCGCGAGAAGGGGCGGCCGUAGCCGUAGCUGCCCCUCCUGCCGCGGGAAGUAGUUGCAACGCUGGUGUGGGGGGAGGUGCCGGAACAAUGGCUGCGUCUUCUUCGCCGCUCGGAGAGACCAGGGAGCAGCUCCAUCACACCAUCUCGUUGGUUGAAAAGCCGAAUCUGAGGGAGGUCAUGCGCGAGGUCGGGCGACAGUGGUUGGCAGAUCUGCAGAACGGGACAAAAUUGGACGAGAUUCCGAAGUUUUCCCCCAUCACCACCGUGUCCUGCAUGAAAACGCUGGAUGCUAAGCGGCUCAGCAUCAUGCCCACGCCCCGCACCGACGGUCUACUAGACCAACAACUGUACACCGCAAAUCUGUCUCAGAGCCAGAGGGAAGCCUUGUUGCUCUUUGAUGACGUUCCAGACGAAGAAGAGGAGGACGAACGAACCCCAUCAACAAACCGCAAGCCGGAUACUGAUACGGGAAUCGUAAACGAAGAAGACAAAGAUCUUGCUGAAAACGAAGAACACGCGGACCAGGAGGCUGGUCUAGUGCCCCCUUCUCGAACCAAAAAGCGCCUGUUUUUUCUGUCGAAGAAGGAGCUCCUGGCUCUGAUCGAAGAAGAGACUGAGACUUCCAGCUUGAGAGACGACGUGGACCUGUGCCAGGCGGAGCUUCGGCGGUUACUGUUGCUCCUCGAGACGCCCGAGGUGUACCAAGUCUGCGUCUUUAGCAAGCGCCAGGUGGCGGCUCUGAUGCGGAAGCUGUGCGUCCGAUUCGCAAAAGAAAAAGAGACAAUGGAGGGAAAGUAUUGCUUGUAAUCUGAACAAUAUCGAUAAUUGUUGGCAGCUUGUUGCUUCUGUAUCGUUCUUUUCAUGUGUGAUAGAUUCAUCUUCCUCUUGCGAACAUUUUUGCAUCAGGCGCAAAAAUGGAGGCGUUAUUCUUGCGAUCAAAUCAUGAACAAGGUUUGCCAGCUCGGUGAGGGAGUUGCAGGCGUCGCAUGAGUAUCAAAUGUAAAAAUGUCUGGGUCUGGAAGAAUGCAACUUGUCAUGCUGCAUUUGGAUUCCAGAAAAAUCUGUAUUGCAUGAGUACCAAAAGGAAUGAAAUUUUUGCAACGCGGAGAGGGCAUUUGUCAUGCGGAAUAGGCAUCAAGAAGCUCCGAAAAAAUCUGUGAUGCUAGGGCAUGCAUCACAGACAUCAGGGCUCAUGCAAAACGUGCAUGACAAGUGUCAGAAUGUUCCAGACCCAGACAUUUUUGCAUUUGAUAAUGAGUCCGCACUCGCUGCGGACAAAGAGGCGAGCAUGGAGGUUUUGCAGGAGGCGGACCAGGUAUCAAAAGAAAAAAGUUCGUCACGAUCACUCAUGGGCAUUUUUGCAAUACAAAAUUGUCUGUCAUGCGUAAAAAUGCAUCACAGCCACACUUUUUAAGGGAUUUCCUUAGUGUUUCUGCAAGACAAGGAGAAGUUGUGAUGCUCAAAAAAUUUGUAAUGCAAAACCUGCAACUUAGUGACUGUGACAAACUUUUUUCUCUCCAUACCAGGCCAUCCAGCAGAUGGCAGAAAAGAGCCACGCCCUGGAGACCCAGAACGAGACACUGCAGGGGGACAACGCCCGGCUGCAGAUGGAAAACACGCGCCUGUUAAACGACAUGGAACGCCUCAAGAAGGAAAUCCAGCAAGAAAACACGAUGUUCCUGGAGCGCAUCGGCCUGUCGCGAAAGGACAUCCACGAGGGGCUGCUGACUGGACACCGCAAACUUCUGACGGACGACGAAAUGGAACAAGCGCAAACGGCUUGGACGAAUCGCGUACACUCGGAGAAAGAGACGGAAAUGCAGCAUUUCAAGUAUAAUUGUGCCGCGGUCUACUUUCGUGUUUGCUCACGUCCGCCGCGUAUUGACACGCUUACAUCGAAGAUCAAGAAACCGCCCGCUUCAAAUUGAUACGACAAAUGAUAUACUUCCCAAAAUUAUAGGAAACACACGACUCUGCCUCUGGGUUGAUGGGCUGAUGUCAUGCUAUGGUAAAGACGAAAUAGCAACAAUCGACACCAGUAUGUAUGAAUGGUUUUCCUGAAAAUGCUUUGCUGAGGUUCCAAAUCGCACACCUCGAAGACGAGAUGAAGCGGUUGUAUGCUGGACAGCUUUCCUUUACCCGUUACCUUUUCAAAGUGAAGAGAACAAAAAGACGGUGCGCCGUGCAUGUGCAUGUGCAGUUUCAAACGCACCGGCUAGAAAAAAUCAUUCUUUUUUUUCAAUGGCCAUGACUUCCAAAAGAUAAAGAAAAAUGCGUGGAAUCUGUAAGAGAUCCGGACUACUGAGUUGAAAUGGUACUUGGGUCAAGGAAGAGUUUUCCAGAAUACGUGGAAGACCGAGUACGAUGCCCGCCUGAAGCAGUACCACGACAGCUACCAGGAGCAGGACAAGCAGAUUCAAGCGCUGGAGCAAGAGAAAGCAGAAAUCUCCAAGGCACUGGACGGCGAACAGGAGAGAGCCGCGGAGAAGGACGCACAAUUGAGUGCAGGAAAGGAGGAGUGCGAAACUUUGGAAAAGCAAAAGCACGAAGCCGACGCGGCUUUGCAGCAGAAGCUCGAGAGGAUAGCGCAACUGGAAAAAGACCUCGCAACCUCGGCAGCGGAAUCUGGACAGCGGGAGGAAGCUAUCCACGUUUUGCAGAAGGACAAGGAGGAGCUCUUGGAGGAGGAAAUCCGGAGGAAGGAAAGUUUGUCGGUGAAGGCCGCGGAGAUCUGGCAGCUUCACCAGAAACUGCAGGACGCGAAAAGGGUUUCGGAGCGCCACGAGGCAAACUACGAUGCGGCGCGCACCGACAACGCCAAGCUGCGCGAUGAACUUGCGGAUCUCGGUGAGAAGCUGGUGUCCACCAUCGAUUUUCACCUUUACAACGGUGCUUCUCCUUCAACUGGGGCCCACCCCGUGGCGCAACCACUGGAUGUUAAACCGUUCCAGCAACAGCAACUUCAGCUCGGGAAUUCAAACAGCACGUCCAGUCUGAAUAACAACGGGUCUGUCGCAGUUCCGGCGCCGAAUUCCGCCUCGUUAAAGUCCCGAGCGCAGAGUCUGCAAAACCGCGGCUCGUUGCAACCGCAGCACUUUGCGGGGGUCACGCACGCCGGGGCCAGUAGCUCAUCGCCAACGGAUUCAAAUCUGGCCUUCUACCCCUACGCAAAAAUGAAUUCGAAGAACGCGAUGAAGCUCGGGCCUGCAAAUGCAGAGCGCGAUGUUUAUGGUGCCCGAAGCGGCGCCAGUCCAACAGAAAUGGUUCUUUGAUUUGCCCGUUGACUUGUUUCGUAUUUUGUUUUUGAUGCCCAAUAGCAUACCAACCGGGAAGAGCUGUGUGAAGACAUGUAUUUCUCACUUGAUCAUCAGAAAGUUUGCGCUUCUCAUUUUCAUGUGAUAAAUGAAUUUCGAACUACUUAUGUGCUGUGGUUCAUUCUCAAUCUUAGGUGAUGGCAUCUGCCCGUGACGGCACCAGGCUAGUACGGGAAACCCAGCGGCUUCGAGGCGUUAUCCGCCUGAAGGAUUCGCAGCUGGACAGCCUGCGCCAAGACUGGCAUCGGACACUAGAAUCCGAACAGGAAGAGAAGAUUGCGCGCGCCAAGGCCACUGCGAACUUGGAAGAUUUGGAACAUUUCCUAGAAAAGUGUUUCCCAGCGGUGCUCCAAAAAGUCAUGCUGAUCCGCAGCGGGCAGGAGGCACAGAGCCUGAAUCUUCAGAAUCUCCACGACGAAGGUGCAGCACCGCCUAGUGAAGAUCUUGUGAAAACAAGAACGCGACAAGAAGGUGCCCAUGCGGAACUGCAAGCAGCCGACGAGACAGCAGCAUCACCAAAGGAACCCGAGCAGUCAACUACAGCGUACCAGCAGCUCGAAAAAGGUGGCAGAGGUGAAGACUCGGACGCGUUGCAGCAACAUGACCAGCUAUUCAGUCUCAGUGCCUCGAGUUCUGCAUCUGGGGCCGACGCGGUCGCGGAGGCGGGCCAGCACGAGCAUCAGACUGCAGCCAGCCUCUUCCCGUUCAGUCGCAUCGGGGGCCUUCUGCAAGAAAGGUUUCGGCUGAUGGCAGAGGAGCAAACUGCGAUGAGAUUAGAGUUGCAAGAAUUUCGCGAAAAAGAGAUCAAGAAGCAGCUGCAAGACCUGGACCAAGAUCUCGACUCGCGCAAAGCAAGCCCCAUUGCAUCGACGCCCGGAAUCAUGCCCGUCUUUACGGACGAUUGCACCGACCGGUCGGCCCUCCCGAUUCGGCUAAGUCUGGGCGGGCACGAGGCCGCCCGAAAGCGAACGAGGACCAUUUCGGACGAGAUGAGUUACACUUACACACAGCAGGAACUACCGCCAGUGAUCAAAGAGGGCGAAGUUUUUCCCUUCGAGGGAAUGAAGAUCUCGACCGAGGAGCAGCGUCCCCGGAGCUUCUCGGAUCACGCUGGCGCGAACUCUGCCCGGUCCGGGGGUGCGAUCGACGGCAGCAGCUUUUUCGCGUCGGCGGGCGGUCAGACCGUGGCGCCAGGAGCGCAGGCCGCAAGUGCCUCAUCGACAUCGCAGCCAGAUCGGCCGCGACAACGCACAGCCUCGUCAGAAGGAGGAGAACUGGAGCAGGCAAGAGUCCUCGUGGACAACCGCGACCGCUCACGGUAUCACUCCACUCUCUCUGCCGCCUCCCAGGACCUGCGCGCGUCCAGUCCCAUACCGAACUUGCCCGAAGAAGUGCGGGAGCGCGACGGGGACAACCCACUGGAGCAGCUGGUGCACUCGAUGUCUACAAGCACGUCGAAUCAAUAUGCGGCCGCGGCGGAGACUGCCGGAAGUAGCUCCUUUGCGUCCGGAAAAAUGCCAUCCGUCCAAGAGGACUUGAAUAAAGCUACGCUGGCACCACGAGGACCAGCAGCCGCCCUUACCCAGAGAAACGAAAACCGCAGUUUGCCUGACAUUGUCUGAUGUUAGUUCUGUGAAAUGUUUACGAUGCGUGCGUAGUGAUGGAAUUAAUUUUUGUGCCAUCGCCUACCAUAACAAAAAAAAACACAGGGUGAGUGAUCAUGUGUUGUGUGGGCACUUUUAAAAAACCGCAAAAGAUUAGCAGGAAAAUCGAGGAGCAUGCGCAUCGUGGAAGCCGCCGGGCCAGCCGCUGCGCCAAAAGUGACAAAAUGCAAAGCCGAGGGCCUUCCGGAAGUGGGUUCUUGUCCUGGACAAGACGGAGAGCGUGAGGCCGCAGAUAUCCACGCCGGGAGGUUGCCGGCCCGAAAGAUACCCAGGGCAACUUGUUGUUUGUUUUUCAGCGCGCCGCGGGUUGCUUCCUAUCGUAUAAAACAAAGCUACCGAAUUGCGAAGCUAUGGCAUGACUGCCCUCCCAAGUCCAACGGCCGCGCCGACUGUGUGGCCAGCAGGCUAGAGGGAUGGGCGUCGUACUUGCCUGCCCAUGGCAUCACGAUGCUGGCACACAGCACGUCCGGCCAGCCCCUGCAGGGGAAUCGGGGUAGAGCAGAAGCAGCACACGCAGGGGAUUGGUGUGGCUUUUGUGGCACGGUGCUCGAGUAUGGGGCAGCAAGACGGUUCUGGCAGAGGAAGGUCGAGAUGGGGUGGCGGCGGCAAGCGUCACAGGCGUGAACCCGUCUGGGGAAGGUUAUUAAUAUCGAGCGCUGAGAUUUCGGAGCCCGGAAUCUCAUGCCCUUGGCCACAAGGGCAUGAGAUUUUGGAGCAGGCGACUCUCAGGCCCUUGGCCCCAAGGGCAUGAGAUUUUGGAGCAGUCAAAAUCUCAUGCCCUCGGCACCAGGGCAUGAGAUUUCGAGGCCCGGAAUCUUAUGCCCGUGGCCACAAGGGCAUGAGAUUCGGGGGCAGACAAAAUCUCAUGCCCUCGGCACCAGGGCAUGAGAUUUCGAAUGCGGGUCCGCAGAAGGGCAGGGCCGCCCUCGGUUUCGUCCGCGGCCCGCACGUCGGGGAACCCCCGCUGCAGCGGGUCCCCUUCUAGCGGCUCUUGGGCGCGAGGCCUUUUGGGGGUUUCCGUGUUUCUCGUUCCUGUUCGGGGACGUGGGCAUGUGCCCGCACGUUGCGCAAGCCCUCCCCGGCUUCCUUCGAUGUGCUCCCGUUGGGCUCCGGGCGCGUUUUUCUAUUACCCUGCCCAACGCGUAGCACGCCCUUACAGGGCGUGCUGUAAGGUGGCACCACGAGGACCAGCAGCCGCCCUUACAAUGCCUUUGCCCAACAUUUGCCCCAACAUUUGGUGCAAAUGCCAUUUGGUGCAUUUGCCCAACAUUUGCCCCACAUUCGCAGGAGCUUGGGGGGUUGUGUUUCAUUUUUCGCAAGAAAUACGCCAAACCGCCCUGCACGGAGGCGGCCCCCAAAUUGCCCCGCAGGUCCCAGGCGUUCCGGGGGAACUUUGCCCGCUCUCUUGUCUUUUGAGCGCUGGCCAGGUUCUGCGUGCGCGCGAUAGAUUUGGGCACCUUGUGCCAGGAAAGUGCCCAAAUCUUGAAGCUUAGCACCCCCGCGAGGCUGUUGGCCUGCCGCGGGCCCUUUGUGCAAGCCGAGACGCUGGCCAUUGGGGUCGACGUGGCCGCCGCUCUCUCGUCUGCUGGGCGCCGGCCAGGUUCUGUGCAAGAUUUGGGCACCUUUUGCCAGGAAAGUGCCAACGUCUUGAAUAUUAGCAAUCCCGCGAGGCUGUUGGCCUGCCGCGGGCCCUUUGUGCAGUGCAAGCCGAGGCGUUGGCCACUGGGGUCGACGCGGCCGCCGCUCUCUUCCGCAUGCUAUAACGCAACCCCAAAAAGAAGCAGCUUUUUGCUUCUUUCAAGGUCCCCGGUCUGUAUCUGCCGCCCGGGCAGAACCGCUGGACGCCAAUCACGACGGCACGGCGCCGCAUCAGAAAGCUGCUUGCUUUUGUCACAAAACUGAAUCCGCCUUCUACGGCGGUCCUCGCGGGCCACGCCCGUGAGCCAUUCCGCAUGCUAUGGCGCAUCCCAUAAAAAUACAACUUUUCGCCUUCCCACUCUGUAUCUGCCGCCCGGGCAAAUGCAUUUUCCGCAAAACACACUUGCACGGCACACAUUUUUUUGUUUUGUCUUUUUCAAAUGUUUUCAAAAGAAACAUUUGAAGUUUUUUGCUUUGCAUUUGCUUUGACUGUCAUUUGUUUUGAGGGUGGGGGGGUAUUUUUCAUUCUGAUAGCACCACGAGGACCAGCAGCCGCCCUUACAAAAGGGGGUCGGACUGGAACUAGCGGUCCGCCGGCGUCGCUCGUAGUGGUUGCGUCAGCGUCGGGGGCCUCCUCGUCUUCGUCGUCUUCUGCGAAAGUAGAACCGGAAAAAAUAAACCCAGCAACCACAAUGAUGUCGCGACAGGAAAGGCAAGCGCGUCCUUCCACAACCAACCCCAGUGCCAGCGCGGCGAGGAGUUACGCUCGGGCAUUCGCAAAUGCGGCGUCAAAAAACAAGGCCGUCCAAUAUCCACUGGAGGAAUACAACUUAUCCACGCUGCUUGUACGUUGUACAGGGAUCAUUUGCAACGGAUGCAAGAGCACCAACACACCUACCGUGUUCAAAGAAGCAAAAAAAAAUUGAUAUUUUACAGCUGUCCGUACAUGCGCGUACGUUGUACUUUUGCGAUGUAUUUUCAGCAGCCGAAAGCGAGACCUAAUGGAACUUCCGCCUCGCCCGAGAAGCCCGCAAGUGCGAAACUUGCGGACCAGUACACGCAAGUGCAGCCACGGUACAAAGCGGUAAAGCCAUCAGUUGACUCGGAAAAGGGUGACAGCGUCGCUGACAGUUCUGUGAACAUAUCUCAGCAGCGCGACGCCCGUAGCAGCGGUGUCCACCAGGGGCGGAAAGGAAAGCAAAAUCCGAAGCAGCAGCAGGUAUACUCUCCUCCCGCAAAGAUGCGCAAUCUACUUCAUUCAUAGUAUGUAGUGAGGUCACGAACGUUCUAUCCUAGCUGUUUUUUUGACACCUCACCUGCAAAACGACGGGCAGUUUUCAAGCGGCCGGAAGGCUUUUUUGACAUAAAAAAAUUCCAAUUAUCAAGCGGCCGGGGCUUUGAUAGCAAACAAGCCCGGUUGAAAACUAUCGACUCGCACUUGAUAAAACGACGCAGGGGAGCCGGUAAAAGGGGCGCCCUUCUGAGGCGCCCACCGCCUUGGUUUCUGGCGAUUUGGGGCGCCCAAAAAGGGGCGCCGCAAAAAUGCCAAGACGAAAAAAAGCGCGAAUCCGCAUGGUAUGGGCCCCAUUUUGGUCCACUUUUGGAGGUCGCAAAGCCGGCCACCAAAAUCGGGCAUUUGUAAGGCGGGGAGCAGGGCAAAAGUUGCGACUUUUCAUACAAAAAAACUAAAAAAAACAAUGGCCGCCAAAGUCCGAGAGCUAACCCGCAUGCUAUGGGCCCGAUUUGGGGCGCCCAAGGGGCCGGCCCGGGCGGAGGCCCUUGGGGGCCAUAGCAUGCGGGGAAGGUUUUUCAUGUCGAAACCAAAUGGAGGCCACCUCUGGAUCGAGAUUUUCAGCGACCGCCGUGCCGUCGUGCAUAACAUUACUCACGGCGGAACGGUGGGAAGGGAAGUCGCGUCGUUUUUUGGAGUGAAGACAAAAAAACCGCCAUGACCUCACUACCCCCGCUGAGGCGGCUAUUAUUGGCAUCUUGAUGAUGUAGUUCACAAUGGAAUUGUUCAUUGAGGACGAACUUGAAGUACAGGAAGGAUAAUCUUCAGGAACAUCAUGACAUUGAAAAAAACUUCUAACCGCGCACUGUUUUGGCAGGCAUCCGGAUCUUCGGCCGCCAAGCCGGCGACAGCCGUACGCAAGAGCUCCGUCACGAGCCCCGGUCGCAGCGGGGUGGAGCAUGCUGGCACAAGUGGCACCGCUACUCGACCCGGACAAGUCCGACCCUCGUCGCCGGAUUCGCCUUCCCUGGUCGAGCGUGCCAAUGAUGUUCUGCUCUCAACGGAACAACAGCCGCCGCCGUCCUCGCGCAUGCUCGUCGUGUCAGCAUCAGAAGAAGGCCAAGGAAGCGCACUACACUUGGUCUCCAAGAACGUCAGGUCGGGUGCCCAGAAUCAACAGCACGCUCUUGUUUCGGACACUAAGCCAGACGAAUACUUUGAGGCCGAAGCGCGGCAAAUGGGAUUGGGGAACAAAUCUUCUAAGAAGGCGGGCCCGCAGCCGCAUCUUCAGCAGGCCACUAGCGCCCUUCCUGGAACGAGCGCACCCAGCAAAGCGCGAAAUAGUGUUGCUCAGCACGCCGAGAUGACGAGGAACAAGUCUGGUGGCAGCAGCACAAACUUUGUGGGAGUCGGUUCGACCGCAGCCGUGAGCCGCCGUGGCGCUAGUCGAGACGUCGACAAUUCCCGACGCGCGACUCCUAGUCGAAAUGUUUCCGGUUCAUCUUACUCGAAAAGUGGCAAAGGUGCACCAGCAGGAGCAAGCCGAAGUGCUUCUCCUGCAAAGGUGGAGAACAAUGCGCUCGACGAGCAUCAUGGUCCUCUUCAACAAGACCAGCUAAUUACAGGCGGAGCGUCGAAAGCAGGCGAUCAUGCGCAGCAGGCAGCCGUCGUAGGGCCGGCACAAGUUAUUUCUGUUGGACGACAAGAUCCCCGCGCGAGUUCAUCUGCUGAACCAUCCCGGCAACGACCGAGGGCGGAGACCGGGGCCUCCUCCACAACCCAGCUGCGGAGCAACGAGGGGAGUCGGAGCCCGCCCAAAGCUCCGCGCGGAUCACCGUCAGCCGGAACUCGUGUGCGGAACAAGCUGCAAGUGGUCGAUACCACCCCACCCCUGGACGAAGUGUCCUUUAACGACGCCAUUCAAAACAUUACCUCAGAUUCCUUCAGUCGCCGGGCAGAGCUAGACCGCGAAUUGCUCCUGUCAGCCGGCGGUGCUGGGGGGAACGGAAUAAAUGUGAAUGAGAAUCAGUUGUUGUUUCCGAGGAGCAACGUCGGGACGGGAGGGUCUACAGCGAUGACCACCUACUUGGCCUCGCGGACGAAGAUUGCACAGAUGAAAUUGAAUGAUGUAGGAGCUGCAGGAGCACCAGGGAUCGCCGUCGAGCAAGAGCACGGCGCCGGGCGACUUGAGACCUGCAACAAGAAUCAGUCGAGCAGCGCUACCCUGGCUGUGCAAGAUUUGAAGACGCAGAAGUACCUGCAGAAUGUCGAUUUCAACCCGAUUUCUCUCGCCCGCAUGCAUCUAGACAACGAGCUUUCGAAUUCCAAGGCCACAACGGAUCCCGCUGCGCAUCCGCACCAGCCAUUUUCCCGGCGCGCCAUUUCCCAGCCACCGCCAGUGCUCGUCCCCACUAACUCAUCGCAGCGCGGAGGCUACCACUACGAUCCGGCGGGCCAACAUCAAGCUCACACUGCUUCCCUGUCGCAGAUCUAUCUGCCGUCGGAAAGGGUUCUUGCAAAAGACUACGACCAGCCGCCUCGCAGUUCCGGCGGCCAACAGUUUAUUGUGCAGAACAGAAGCGGGGGUGAGCAUUUCGGUCCAGUGAACAUGCAGCAGAGCUAUGCGCCGCCUCGUGGCAUGAUGAGCCAGCACGGGGGCUACCCUCCCGAAGGUGCUCCGUACGAUCUCUUGCCGCCACCGCCUGGUGCGGGCGGGGUACCGUUGACAACUUCUGCCUCAAUGGGCAAGUAUCUUCCAAACUCCUACGCCGGUGCGAUGAACUCCGCGCAGCUGCACCACCACCGGCAUUCCCUACCUGCGCGCACGGAGCAAGAGCAGUAUCAUCACGGGAGCUACACUGCUGGGCCACUGGCCCCGCCAAGCGGACAGAACAACAUCCGCGCGGCGGUCGUCCACCAGCAGCCCGCGCCGCGACGAAACGCCGAGCAGCGGCAGCGCAGCGAGGAUGUCGCUCUAAUGCAGCAGAGCGAUCACCACGCCAUGAACCUCCCACUGUGGGCGACUCACGUGCCGGUCUCGGAGCACCGGCCGUUCGGAACAAGUGCCGCAAAUAACGGGACGUCGAGCUACGGCUACAACAUGAACCCGUCAAGGUCCGUGCCACACCCCUCGACGAAUGUUGUUCUGUACGAAGUAGAUUCAGCUAGUCAACAAGUGUUUCGGGGCACACCAAGUAGGGCAGUGGUAGACCAUGCUACUGGAAGAGGAACUGGGAUCCUUCCGCCAGAGAACCGAUUACAUUACGAUGUCACAACUCUGAACAUACAACCACCUCCAGCUGGAGUAGCUGCUCCAGGGUACUACCACGACUUUCGCAGACAAGACGGUGGUCGUAUUCAUGACGCAUACAAUCAUCUGAAUUAUGAUCCUUCGAGUCGACAACGUCAGCAACAUCCAAAUGGUCCUCAUUAUUACAACGAAGAGAAGCUCCACAAUCAUCUUCCAAACCACCCUAUGGAUUAUCCGCACCUCCUCAACAAUGCCCCCCACCAGCAGCCUCAGCAUCCGCAGUCGAUGCAGCAAGAGGGAGCGCAAAACCAGCCGUCAAGCUCGUCUCGUGUGCAGCUAGCACAGGAAGUUUCUCUGAUGAAGGCUGCCAAGGACUUCUCGCUUGAGGAGCAACGUCGUAACCCAAAAGCCGCCACUGGUGCGCUGCCGUCCACGGCAAUGAUGGGAGCCUCGCGCGGCAACGGUCGCCACGCGAAACGAAGUAGAGGGGCUGACAGCAAGCCGGCUGGGGGGCCAACUACAUUUGGCUCGGCCCAGCGGAAGCCCUUCGUGUAGUACGACUUGAUAUAUCUACUUUGGCUUUGCUUGAGGAUUUUUGGUUUUGCUACGAUUCGCUUUGCGUUUUCAGUAGAAAAUGGUGGGGAAUUAUUUCCAACCGAGCAUGCAUUCCGGCGAAAACUACAAAAUUAAUGAAAAACCAGAAAGAUGAAGAUGCCUAAAUACAACAUAAAUUGAGAUAUGACAACCGUGGGCGGUUGCGAUAACACGACUUGCCUGAUAGUGGUUGCAGCUGCGGUGGGACCGAUUCCAAUCCACAUAAC